AAGAUAACCUGACUGCCUCAUGACUAUAGAUUUACAUUUAAUAGACUGAAGCAGGAGUACCUCUACAGCUCCUCAUUCAUCACUAUGAACAGGCAUAUUUCACCAACAUGUCUAACUGAUUCCUUCAGUACUCUGUCCUCUGUAUUUAACAGCUUUAAAACUUGCCAAAGCUUUGUUAUUUUCCAGUGUUUAGCAUAAUUGCAAAGGGAUAAUUAUUUCAUCAUAUGUAUUCGCUCAUAAAUAUUAUGAAUAGAAGUCGGCUGUAUAACAGACACACCUCCCAGUCCUGUUAAGCUCAGCUAAACACUCUUCACAAUGCAAAUCCCUGUGCACAGCAAGUCAGCAUGUUUGCACACACGUUGCUUUGCACGCUGGAGACUGUAGUCCUGCUCAGUCAAGAGCCACAAGCCCUGGUGAUUACACAAAGUGGAGAGGAACCACAUAGCCCAGCAUGACUUACUGCACCUGCUUAUUUAUCCAGCAGUGACUGGGUGAACUGAAACGGUGACCAAUGGGCUGGUAAUCUUUUUGAUUCUGACCCCUAAAUGCUGUCUUAUCAGCUCUUAUUUUAUAGUUUAGUUUAGUGGAAAAGUUGUGAAUUCACUGUUACAUCUGCUGCUUGUGGAACAAGACUCAUCUGCCUGGGAUUUUUUUUUUAAAUCGUCAAGACACAGGUAAUACAUUUUCCCCUUUUUUUAAAAAAAAUUCGAAACAUCUUGUUUGUGCCCAGGUGUCAUUCACGAGAUUUUAAGGGGUUCGGUGUAAUAUAUCUGCUUAAGUUUGGUGUAACUUUAUCAAGGACUGCUCCUGGACAUGAAACCGGGUGUGCGGGUCUGUGUGCCCUCUGCCGCUUUCCUGGGCCUGUUUUGCCGAGGCUGUCUCAGCAGGUCACGGAGCUGGCCCGGCCGCAGCUUCAGUUCUUUGCCCAGGCAGAUGAGCAGGUGGAACAGCCAGGACACCUGCAGCCCCCCAUCUCCUCAGGAAAACGUGCGCGUGCUCAUCACAGGUGGGCUUGGGCAGUUAGGUGUGGGACUUGCACAGAUGCUGAGAAAACAGUAUGGAAGGGACAAUGUAAUCCUGUCAGACAUCAAGAAGCCUCCACCUCAUGUUUACGCCAAUGGCCCGUUUGUAUACGCUGAUGUUUUGGACUACAAACACCUCCGAGAACUUAUUGUAAAUAAUCGCAUCACUUGGCUGGUCCACUACAGCGCUCUGCUUAGCGCUGUGGGUGAGGCUAAUGUGGCUUUGGCACGAAAGAUCAACAUCACAGGCCUACAUAAUGUGCUGGACUUGGCCUUAGAGAACUGUUUGCGCCUCUUUGUCCCCAGCACUAUUGGGGCAUUUGGUCCCUCUUCUCCACGUGACCCGGCCCCUGACCUCUGUGUUCAAAGACCUCGAACCAUCUACGGCGUGUCUAAAGUGCAUGGUGAACUGAUGGGGGAGUAUCUCCAUCAUAAAUAUGGCUUGGACUUCCGCUGCCUGCGUUACCCUGGAGUGAUAUCAGUUAACACGCCUCCUGGUGGUGGAACUACAGACUACGCAGUUCAGAUCUUCCAUGAUGCUCUCAGCACGGGUCACCAUGAGUGCUACCUGCGACCCGACACCCGUCUUCCCAUGAUGCAUAUCUCUGACUGCCACCGUGCCACGGUAGAGUUCAUGCAGGCUCCAGAGUGCCAGCUGUCACUGCGCACCUACAACAUAGCUGCCAUGAGCUUCACCCCUGAAGAGGUGGCCCAAGAAAUCCGCAAGCAUCUCCCUCACCUCAAGGUCACCUACAAUCCCGACACUGUCCGCCAGACCAUUGCAGACAGCUGGCCUGUGAGAUUUGAUGACACCAAUGCCAGGAGAGACUGGGGCUGGGCGCCAGCCUUUGGGCUUGAGGAGCUGGUGUCGGACAUGCUCCGCUCCAUCCGAGACAAGAGGACCAACGAGGGUUUGCCAGUCAGCUAGCAAAACCUGCUGCAUCAAGACUAACCAAUGCCCUACCUACCACUAACUUUUCCUCAGUCUACAUUUACCAACAGCACACUUUGUUUUACUUCACUUUUACAAAUUGUCAACCAGUAUCAUCUGUUUGUCUGGAGCAUCGCUGCACUGUGCCAGGGACUGAUUGUAAAAUGGAAAUUCUCAGUCAUAACCUCUUUAUAUUCAGUGGAAAGUGAGAUGUCAAACACAUGUGCACACACACACACACACACACACACACACACUUCAGUCUUUUCAGGGAAUCAGAUACUGUCAAACCUUCUCUUCAUCUUUGUGGUUUUUAUUGUUCUCAUGGUAUAAGCAUCACUUUACACAUGGGCAUGUUGCCUCAGGUGGAACAGAAACAUUUCUUAAGCUUUAAAGAGUUUCAGAUGUUGAUCGCAUGCAUGGGACACCAGCGUGUUUCAGCAUCUGUUACAAUAUCUAAUACAAUAUGGACAAGUUCCACGUGUAGAACAACAAAUCUGUUGGACAUUUUGAAUCCAGGAUCAUCUGGAAUGACUGGCUCAGUUGACUUUGGACUGUAAUGAAAAAUCAUGUAUCCUGGCUGUUUUGUAAAGCACUCUUUUAUAAUAUAGACUAUCAAGUGAAACUCACAGUAUAUACAACCGCACUACCCUUGCCGUGGCACAGAACAGGAAGCCUUUACUUUUUUGCCAGCGGUGUGAUUACAAAUAUGAAUGAGUAACAGUAUCAAAUGAGGCCGUAUUUACUUAGGAAAACAAUAUAUUAAAAAAUGCUGUGUACUUUGAAUCAGACCUUUAACAAUAAAAAUAUUAUUUAC